AUGAAGGACGAUGAUGAUACCCAUUACAGUAGGGUAGAGCAGGAUCGAGACAGGUACGCGAUACGUAGGAGAAGGCAUCGAAAUUACGACUCACAACAACAAUAUGAACCUCAACCCAUCUCUGCACGUCAAAGUGCCUCAAUCAUACGCACAAGCAAUAUUGAACCACUCGUUCCAGUGAUCUGUUCCGGUUCUGCAUCCUACACAGAGAUCACCAACCCAGUAAACAGCUCAAAGCAAGCUCUCGGAGAAAAGUGUAGAACACCAAACCGAGAAUUCAAUGAUGGAGCUGUCCAACAGCAAUCAUCCCCGCAAACGAGUCUGGCACCGAUGGUUGACAUGAAGGUGUCGUUGAUAACAAUAUCCGAGAUGAACGGUGACAAGAUCAACACAAUAUCGAUCGAGAUAGAAUGCAUCCAGUUCAACGUGCAUGGCCCAAGAGAUUUCCCUGAAACCAGUAACCAGUAUAAGGAUAAUCAACGUGGAAUCGACGUUGUCAAAACAAAGAACAAACAUAUCAGGUUGAACUUGAAUCCCUUACAUAUUCUCGUCAAAAAGCAAUGGCUGUGA